AUGUCCACCCUCUUCCCUUCCCUCUUCCCGCGUGUCACCGAAGCUCUGUGGUUUAACCUGGACCGGCCCUGCGUGGAUGAGAAUGAACUGCAGCAGCAGGAGCAACAGCACCAGGCUUGGCUGCAGAGCAUAGCUGAGAAAGACAACAAUUUGGUGCCAAUCGGGAAACCAGCUUCAGAGACUUACGACGAGGAGGAGGAAGAGGAUGAUGAGGAUGACGAGGACAGCGAGGAGGACUCCGAAGACGAUGAGGACAUGCAGGACAUGGACGAGAUGAACGACUACAACGAGUCCCCGGACGACGGGGAGAUUAACGAGGUGGACAUGGAAGGGGCAGAGCCAGACCAAGACCAGUGGAUGAUCUAGUUGCCGGACAAGCCACCGCCGCUGGGAAUCGCCAUCCAGGUGCACCAAAUGGGCUCCUGAGCUUGGCUGCCCCCCCCCCUCAGACCCCCAGGGGUGUCCUGCGCCCACCGUGACUCUCUGCCAGGGAGGGGGGGGUCUGAAUGCCAACUGCCCCGUGAGCUGACCUCCUGCGUUGCUCUGCUGACCCACUGACCAGAGCAAAAGCCUUAAGGGUUGUGUCCGUCUCUCCGCCUGCUCUCUUUCGGCCAGUUGGGGGGUUGAAGCUCUUUUGUAAAUAAAAGGUUUCUUUUUUCA